CUCAGUAGGCGGGAUUUAUCCGCUUCUUAGAACGCUGGUGUAGCCAUUUUUCUUGUGUGACUGUAAGGCAGAUUGAGGCUUUCUACAACACUGCUUCAAGGAUGGUCAAGAUCUUCAUUGGGAAUGUCCCUCGGGAGGCAGACAAGGAUGAAAUUCAGGCGCUCUUCUCACAGUACGGUGCCGUCACAGAAUGCGCUAUCGUCAAGAAUUUUGCAUUCGUCCACAUGGAUGACCGUAAGUCUGCCACCAAAGCCAUCCGCAGCCUGCACCUCUACAAGCUGCAUGGCACGGCGAUAAACGUUGAGGCUAGUCGCGGGAAGAACCAGGGAGCUGUCAAACUCCACGUGACAAACGUGGAGAAGGGCAACGAUGAUGAGCUCCGCACUUUGUUCGAGGAGUAUGGCACAGUCUCUGAAUGUGCUAUUGUCAAAAACUUCGCGUUUGUGCACAUGGACAACUCCGACGAAGCUUUGGAUGCCAUCAAGGGAUUAGACAACGUUGAAUUCCAGGGGAAACGUAUCCAUGUUCAGAUAUCAAAGAGCCGUCCCAGGUACGAGGAGGAAGAAGACUACCCCCCACCUCAAAGGGGGGGAUACUGGCCCCCCCGUGGCUACCCCGGGGAGAGGCAUGAUCCUCCACCCCCUAGCUAUCUAAGAGGUCGUCACCCACCCCCUCAUCACGGGUACCCUGCCCCCCCUCCACCACCCCCUCCCCCUAGACGAGCCCCUUACCCAGAGCGUGCUUAUGAGCGCGAGAGGGAGAGCUAUGCCGUGGUGGAUUACUAUGAGAAAUACAGGGCUCGCCCUGCCGCUUACGGCAUAAUGUCCUAUGAUGAGAGGCGUGUAGGCUCCUUACCCCCUCCUCCCCCGCCCCCCUCUUCCAUGGUCAGGGAGCGUUUCAUGGCCUCUGGCCUCGAUCCAUAUGAGCGUCGCCCCCUCCCUCCUCCCCCGUCUGCGUACUACGCCAGGGACCGUAGUCCCAUUCGGAGGGCCCCUCCUCCCCCCAUGCCCCCCGCCGGUAACGGUUACUCCUAUGAGCGUUCCCGACUCUCCCCCGUCUCUCGGCCCGCGAUGUACAACCUACCACGUACCAGGGACCCCUACGCCGACAGGUUGCCGCCGCCGCCACCGGCCCGCUAUUACUAAGCAGCGUACACCGGCGUUUGACUCAAGGUUUAAAUAUUUCAACAAGAUCUGCGUCCUCGUCACCGCCGUCGUCUCCUGAUGCACGCAGCGAUUUACACCCGUCUGGUUGAGCGCGUUUCGUUCUCCUGCAACACUCUCAGGAGGAAUUGUAAUGCAUGACCCCUCGUCAUCUAAAACACUUUUAUUACACUCGUAUUGUUUUGGCCUUUUUUGUUUUGUAUUUUAGUAUUGUGCUUUAGCUACAUUUAUAGUCUCUGGCUCCCAGAAGCCUUUUAGUCAGUCGUUUUUAUUUUAUUUUACGUCCUUGAUAUACUGUAACGUGUCAUUAUACAAACUUUUGCUGUUAAAUCAAAUUUCUGAAAUUUGAUGAAUGGAAGCUGCAGCACGUUAUUAUGAAAAGGAUGUUAUUAAUAUCAAAUAAUCGUGACUGUAUAUCGACUUGAAUACGAACCAUCAUGUGUUUCCUUUGAAAUUAAACCACCACGUUUGUUCAAUCUACGUCUGAAAUUAUGACAAGUUAUGGAUUAUGAAAAGGUUGCGCUCUGCGACAAUGUACAACGGCGUAAUAAAACCACUACGACGGACUACAACAAUGGACUAGUUGGUUAAUUUAAUUAGACAAAUAUUUGCUGAUGGUAGCUAGUUUUACUAAGGUGGGUAACGUUCUUGUUUGACAUCACAGAGGACAUGAUGUUAGUAAAUAAAAUAAACUGAAUUGUAUAGUCAUUUGGAUAUUUUUUUUCUCUUGUUAAAUCAAAGUCGUGUCACAUUCUUAUAUCACUAUCAGUGAUUCAAUGGCGGAUGAUCAGUUGCUUCACAAUAUACUUAAACCAUUGAAUCGUGAUCGUGUGAACGGGGGAUAUAUGCUUGAUAAUAAAUUAAGAAUCGUCCUCUACCAAUGUGAAAUAACGUUAUCGCUUAUGUCUCCCCUCGACUUCAAGCGCUCAAUCACAAUUGAACUAUCUAAAUCAACCCCUUCACUCCCCAUCAAUUUAUUUAGGUGUCAUGGUUUGGAUUGAUAGGGCUUUAUUGUCAUGUCCCCAGUUCUCACCAUAUUACACUUGGCAUAACUGUUCUGAGCACCCUUGCUCUGGAAGACUCUUUGGAGAGAUGUUCUUGGCACAGCCUGCAGUAACCUAACCAGGUAAGAUGGGAAUCGGGAUCAGUUGUGGGUUGUAUGAAUCUAAGGGUUAAAGAUGUGAUGAAUUUAGGUACACAGGAGUAGAGGUGUUUUGGCCAAGAGGUGUUUUCUGAAUUUAGUACAGGGAAAUGGCAAACAACCUUUUGAUGUGUGCGCUUGAUUUAUGCCAGGUGUGGACAGGUAAUAUAGUUUUGUUAUUCCUUUCCAAACUAAAAAGCAGUAUGUCAAUCAAAUGUCUUUUAAAGGGGCAAUCUGGGAUUCGUCAACAUCUUGGGAAUUAUAUUAAUGAUAUAUGCCUAGCCAUUGAUUCUUAAAGAAUAUAGCUUUAAUGCCUCAUGAGCAUAGUUAAGCUGUCCUACCCAAAAAAUGUUUCACAGCCCCAAACGUAAGCAUGUUACUCCAUUGUUUGUAAACAAUGUUUAAUUGUAAACAAACUAUAGCUUCAAAGCCUGGUCAACUAUUAUUUUGAGCUCAUAGAUAGUCGUUUCAAUAGCUCAGUUUAUGAUUUUCAGUGGUUACAUUUCUCCAGCCCAUCCCUCAGCUGUUAACCAAACAAUUGUCGGGGGCUUUGUUAUUUGAAUCCAAGAUUGCCCUUCCAUAAGCAAGCAGGGACCAAGUAUUUUCAGGUCAGCAGGUUCCUAGUGAUGUGUGGGUGUAUUUUUUGUUGUGUGCAUAUAAGAAAAACGAAAACGAACGUUUAUUGGACAAGUAAAGGUUAGUGAGUAUCCCCGUGUUGGACAUAUUGGUUCUAGUGAAUGCGAACCUGCGUUCAAUGUUCUAGGCAUCUGUUAAAUUACAAAUGUAUAAUUAAUUGAGCAUUCGUAUGUAGUGAAACCUAUACUGGAAAUGGUUAUAUUGGUUUGUACAGACUCAUUCCUACUAUCCGGUGCCUUUUGGUCCUCAUAACUUUAAAUAACGUGUUUGUGUGUGUAUAUGUAUUUUAUCAGAAAGCACACGUUUGACUUUCAUAAAAUAUUGGUCAAACUCGGGCACUAAAAUCCCUGUUGUGUUCAUGAUCCCAUACAGUCCAUCGCAUAAUCCUAACAGGGUGGCAAUUUGGAGCAUAAAUUAGCCAUAGCUCUGGGUGAUUUGAGAUAGCAUAAUCGUGAACACUUAAAGGAUUUUAAAUUCUUUAUGAAAUGUUUUUUUAAGAUUUAGAAAUUUGAUAAACUUUCUCUCAUUUAGCCUAACAAAGGAAAUGUAUGACUAGCAUAAUGAAAAAUGCAUAAAACCGAGUGUUUAUAUUUAUUUACAUUUGGCACAAUUGUUUUCCCCCACAAAACGGGAUGUCCUGAACGUGGUUGUGGGAAGGGCAUGUUUUCUUAACGGAGAAUUACUACAUACUAAGGGUGAAAAGUGGUAUCGGGGCACACAAUUUUAAAUUCAAUAGUUUAUAUUUCUCGUAGAAGUUGAAUAACACCUGGGGUGGCAUAAACGCCUACAUCCACUGAAAAAAAGUGAUAAAAAUGCGUAACAUUCCCUUUCAAGAUCUAUAUUUUUGUGUUUUUAAGGAAAGGACCCCUGACCUUAAUCCCCCUCCCUGAUUGUUUCAUUUCCAAAUAAAAUACUUAAAACCA